AUGGAGCUUUUGAGAAGUAAAUCAUUGCUAUGCCCUGUUGAUCAGCAUUGUUCCCAAUGGGCAAGAAAGCUCAUGGGCUACUGUCUCUGCGGGAAAAGGGAUAUGUUGUCAUUGGAUUUGGGUGUGAUUAGUGUGGUGAGUUGGUGUGUGGCUGAGGUACCUCAACUCGUCACGAAUUACCGGAGCAAAUCGGCCGAGGGGCUGUCGAUUUUGUUUCUUACGACAUGGAUUGUCGGAGAUGCUCUCAAUCUAUUUGGCUGCAUUUUGGAACCAGCUACUGUAAGUUUGUUAAUGUGUUCUGCCUUCUAUUUAUAUACAAUUACAACCCUUAUUCUUUUCUCACAAGCUAUUUACUAUGGACACGUCUAUCCACGACUUAAGUCCAACAGGAAGCAUGAGGCUUCUCAGGCGGGACCCGGGGAAAGAAGAACGGGGCAAAUUUGUGUUGUUGAUACCAAAAAAGCCGAUAAUUUAGAGACAGCUGGAUUUGCUCCAAGCUCACCUAUUCCCGUCGAAUACUAUUCACCAGAUAGUUCCGGAGAACUCUUCUUUAUGUCAGCAAGAUCACUUUCAGUCUGUCAUACACCACCACCUUUAGGAUCUUUCCUUGCAUCAAGAGCUUCUAAUUCUGAGAUUGAACCGAAUUUGCUCGAAGAACCAUUGCUAGGUGAAGUUAGUUCGUCACAAUCCGCGCCUCCACCCAAAGUUAAAACUAUGCUUUGUGUGGUUUCCUUGAUGACAUUUGUACUUAUGGAAAGCCUUAAAAACAACACUGUUUUCAAAAGUCCAACCGAAGGCAUUGUGUUGAGAGUGGGAAGACAACUUUUGCAGGCCACUCGAAGUUCAACUCAAGAAACUUUGUCUGCAGAGAGCAAUGGGAUUGGAACAUAUUUCGGUUGGGGAAUGGCAGCUAUAUACAUGGGCGGACGUUUACCCCAAAUUUGUCUGAAUGGGCUUAACCCACUAAUGUUUGUUUUUGCUCUUGUUGGUAACUCUACGUAUGUCGCAAGCAUUCUUGUUAACAGUUUAAACUGGUCGAAAAUACAGCCAAAUCUUCCUUGGCUGGUGGAGUCCGGGGGAUGUGUGCUUCUAGAUAUAUUCAUACUUGUUCAGUUCUUUUACUAUCAGUAUCGAUCAAGAACUAAAGUUGAGAAGCACGUCUCAUGA